AUGAGUGGGUGGAGACCCUGGAGACUUGAUGUCAUUGAUAUCACCCCUGACAAGGAUGGUGGGGUUUUAAAACAGAUUUUGAAACCAGGAGAGGGUGAAGCAACACCUUGGAAAGGUGACCGUGUAUUUGUACAUUAUGUUGGAACAUUGGCUGAGGAUGGAUCAAAGUUUGACUCGAGUCGGGAUAGAGGAGAACACUUCGUGUUUACCCUUGGGAAGCGUGAGGUUAUUAAGUCUUGGGAUUUAGGCGUUGCUACAAUGAAGAAAGGAGAGAUAGCUCGACUGACAUGCAAGAGUGAAUAUGCUUAUGGGGAAAAAGGAAGUCCACCAAAGAUACCACCCAAUGCAACAUUAGUAUUUGAGGUAGAGUUGUUAAAAUGGGAAGGCGAGGAUAUUAGUCCAAAGAAAGAUGGGGGUAUAAUGAGAAGAACUAUUGUGCAAGGAGAAGGCUAUACAACCCCUAAUGAAGGUGCAGUUGUAGAUGUUCAUAUCAUCGGCAGAGUGAAUGGCACAGUAUUUGAUGACAGAGAACUGAAAUUCCCUCUUGGUGAGGGAAUGGAACACCGUAUUCCAGAGGGCCUAGAGAGUGCACUUGGACAUUUCAAGAAGGGAGAGAAGUCCACUAUCAGUCUUUCACCAACUUAUGCAUAUGGAUCCUCAGGAAAUGUGGCCAUUGGGGUUCCCCCUGGGGCUACUAUAGAAUAUGAUGUUGAGAUGAGGAGCUUUGUCAAGGGUAAAGAGUCUUGGGAGAUGGAUCAGGAAGAGAAAAUUGAACAAGCUAAGGCAUGCAAAGAUCGAGGAACAAAUUUCUUAAAGCAGCAGAAAUAUCAACUAGCAGCAAAACAGUACAAGAAGAUCAUUGAUCUUCUGGAGAAUGACUCUGGAUUGGAUGAUGAGAAAAAUGCUGAGAGGCAUACAGUUCUACUUGCAGGACAUUUGAAUUUAGCAAUGGCUUAUCUUAAACUGAAUGAAAACACUCUUGCGCAAGAACAUGCUAGCAAGGCCCUUGAAAUGGAUAAGAAAAAUGUUAAAGCUUAUUUCAGAAGAGGCCAAGCAUACAUGAACAUGGGUGAAGCUCAGUUAGCCAAAAAGGAUUUUGAGGCUUGUCUUGACUUGGAGCAAACUAAUAAAGCAGCAAAGCAGCAGUUACAUCACUGUAUUGCCAGGAUCAAAGCAGAUAAAUUGAAAGAGAAGCAGAUAUAUGGUGGAAUGUUUGAUAAGUUUGCUAGACAGGACAGAGUGAGAGAAGCCGAGGCCAGCAACAAGGAUGUAAAACAAGGUGAUGGUGAAUGGAGCAUUGCUGAAGAGAAGAAUGAUGCUGUGAAAAGUGAAAAAGUUUGUUAAUAUUGAUUCGGUUGCACAUUCUUAAUUUUGCAACCUUUCACUGCUGUGACUUUUGUGGCAUGUAGUAAUUUGUGCAGGAAUGUAACAUUACACAUCUUAAAAUUCUUUAUUAAUGUAUAGCAGCCCUUGAUCUCUAAUAUAUGGCUUUUAAAUUUGUUUUAAAAAAAUGUACAUACUUUCCUAUAGUAUCUUUUUUUUUUUUUUUUUUUUUUUUUUUUUUUUUUUGAGUUUUAAAAUGAGAAAAAUAACAGGUGGGCUAAGACCCAUAUUUAGUACUGUUUGUUUCAGAAGUUGUUAUAAGUGAUAAUAAAUAUAGUAGCAGUACACACUUUACAUAUUGUUUAUUUAAUUUGUAUGACCCACCUGACAUGGUGUUUAUAAUGCUAACGAGUAGUAGAUUGAUAUUACUGGUAUUGCUUUGUACGUAGUCAGUUGCUCAUUAUCCAGCGAUCUGUUAUUCAGCUUCCACCAUUAUUUGGCUCUUGUAGUUUAUUCAGCUUCACCAUUAUCCACAGGUCUUGUUUGAUCAGUUCAUUAAAUAUAAUUAAACAAUGUAAACUACUCA